AGCUGUAGCAAACGGCGGAGUCCCGGAUGUUGGCUGUCGAGAGAAAGGCGAACGGGAAAAGGCGUAGAAGCCGAAGAGGACGCUACGGGCACACCGGCGAGGUUACAACGGGUCUUACCUUGCUAGGACAAACGCCAAGAGCAUAGGCACCUGAGGGACUUUCUUGUUGAAGAAGAGUUGAAAGGGGAGGGGCAGUUGUUUCAACACUGCUCUGGACCAAGGCAACGACCUGACAUACCCAGGGCCUCGCUCGGAGACACUGCUAGACCGCUGAGCUGGGGGAGCCCUGGCCUCAUCCUCAGCCCGCACUCAGCUGACCUCACCUGGCCUACCGUCUGCCCGCCAACCCCCCCCCCCCCCCCUCCACCACUGCAGCCCAGCCCAGCCUGCCGUCGCCAUGACGUCGGAGCUGGAGAGUAGUCUGACCUCCAUGGACUGGCUGCCUCAGUUGACCAUGCGCGCGGCCAUCCAGAAGGCGGAUGCCCAAGGGGGCCACGGGGGGCCGGGCAUGGGAAAGAAGAGCGCCAUGCUGGACCCAAACACCACGCUGGACCAGGAGGAGGUCCAGCAGCACAAAGACGGCAAGCCACCGUACAGCUACGCCAGCCUCAUCACCUUCGCCAUCAACAGCUCGCCAAAGAAGAAGAUGACCCUGAGCGAGAUCUACCAGUGGAUCUGUGACAACUUCCCCUACUACCGGGAAGCAGGCAGCGGCUGGAAGAACUCAAUACGGCACAAUCUGUCCUUGAACAAGUGUUUUCUCAAAGUGCCUCGCUCCAAAGAUGACCCGGGAAAGGGCUCCUACUGGGCCAUCGACACCAACCCAAAGGAAGACGCCCUGCCCACGCGGCCGAAGAAGAGGCCGCGGUCUGGAGAGAGGGCCUCCACGCCCUACAGUCUGGAGUCAGAGUCUCUGGGAAUGGACUGCAUGAUCUCUGGAAGUGCCUCUCCAACGCUGGCAAUCAACACUGUGACUAACAAGGUGGCGUUAUACAACCCCGACCAGGACGGCAGUGACAGUCCAAGAAGCAGCCUUAACAACAGCCUGUCUGACCAGAAGGGCCUGGCCCUUCCGUUAACCUGAAACAGUGUGGGCAGUGUCCACAGCUACACGCCGGUCACUAGCCACCCAGAGCCUGUCUCUCAGUCCAUGAGCCUCCAGCAGCCCCCCCAGCCACAGUACAGCAUGCCGGAGCGGGACAAGCAGCUCCUCUUCUCCGACUUUGAAGAUCUCAGUGCCUCCUUCCGCAGCCUUUACAAGUCCGUCUUUGAGCAGUCCUUCAGCCAACAGGGUUUGAUGGGCAUGCCGACGGAGUCGUCCCAGCAGACCCACACCUCCUGCUCCUAUCAGCACUCCCCCAGUAGCGCCAUCAGCGCCCAGAGCAGCCUGUCAAACAACCACUCCAGUGGCGGUGGCCAGGUGCCCCUGUCCCACCCUCCCCAGCACCCGGGCCACGGCUCGCCCCACACGCAGCACCUCUCCCAGCACGGCCAGCUGGGGCCCCACGCUCCGCACGUCCCCCACGCCCAGCACGGCCAGCACCAACACUCCCAGCACCCGGCGCACUCUCAACACGGGCAGCACUCGGCGCACGGCCCGCAGCACACGCCGCACCCCUCUCAACACGGCCAGCAGCACGGCCAGCACCCCUCUCAACACGCCCAGCAGCACGGACAACACCCCUCCCAGCAGCAGCAACAUCCGAGCCUGGCUCACCAGCCCCAUCCUGCCCAGCAACAGAUGGCCUGCAACACAGGUCUACCCUCUGACUGGUACCCCAAUCUGGAUGCACUGAAAGAGAGCUGCCGUAUUGCGAGCAGCUAUAACUGGGCUGACGUCGACCUGUCACCUUUUCAAGGACUGAAGGAGAGCAUGAGACAGGCGGAGCUCAACAACUGGUCCCUGGAGCCCACCCAAAUCGCCGACCUCUGCUCGUCCAUCAACCAGUUCUUCGCCCGCACCGGCGUCAUCCAGCCGCAGGCGGCCGUGCAGCCGCCCCCCGUCCCCGUCUGCCACGGCUCCAUGCACCCCAACAAGCCCGGCCAGCACAUCACCACAGGUAAUCUCUACAUGGACUCCAGACAGCCCAUGUCCAUGAUGGGACCCCCAGUGUAUCCCCACUUGUCCCAGAUGAACAGUGCGGGACCCACCAUGACAGGACACCACGCGCAGAUGAACCAACAGCACAUGAUCCCGCCCAGAAACUUCCAGAUGCACCGCAUGCCAGCUGACGACAUCCAGGACGACUUCGACUGGGACUCCAUUGUGUAACGCCAGACGCUCCGCCCCACCCCCCUUCGACACGAAGCGGCCAGGAGGCGCGGUAGGAGGGAGAGGCCUAACAGAGCUGUAACUCUAACAGGAGGAGACUGACUUACUGACUGUUGAUGGAACACAGAACAAUAGAUACAGGUGUCACUUUGGAAGAGAGAGAGACUUCAGAGUCCUGACAUUUUUACAAACAAAAACAAAACCUACAAAAAAAAGGUUACUUUGAAGACAAUCAUAUUUAGUAAAAACUUGUUUCCGUGGUGGCUCAUGUGCUUGCGCACGUUCAUGUCGAAACCCAUCCACCAGUCCCCCCCCCGCCUGCCCUCCUUCAUCCCCGUCUCAGCCAGCAGCCUUCCAAAGUCACCUCCCCCCACUCGUUACCUGUUGUGUGAUACAAGCGACUCGUCCAGCCUGUUAUCCUCCUCGUGUUGACUUCAGGCCCUCAGCUGCCUCUCGGAUGAGUUUCCCCCUUUUUGUUUUCGUUGUUGUUGUUUUUUCCGGAAAACGCAGGCCGCCUCUUUGAUCUACGCUUGGCCGUCCCCUUCGGGUGGUCGAUGGGUCCUGGAUGUUGGGCGUGUGGUAGUCAGGUUUAUACUAUCUGAGGCUCUUUUAUUAGCGUCUAACCAGGCUUGAUCUAAAUAACACCAUCCUCGUACGGAGUCACCUAUCCAGUUUCAGCGAACCAGUCCAUCCAACCCAUUAGGAGAAGCUCAAUUCUGCACUCCGCAGCGUUACCGGCAGUAUUUGUGCUUUUGUGGAUUUUCUUUGAACACCGUGUCAUACCUUAAUCUCCAAUACUCCCAACAUGACUGAAAGAAUGCUUGAGUGGGUGACCGAGACAUUCAGUUCUCCUUUUCGCCAUUUUGCCUGACUUAACAAUACUUAGGCAGCACCGAAAGUCUGGUUCUAAUUCGACAAAUUUGUUCGUUAGGCCGUCAGUCGACACAGGACAGACGUGUGAGGGGGGAAGUCAACGGUGAAAAAGGAAUCAGAGUACUUUGUCUGCUUGUCGACUCGAUGUCUCUACCUUUUCAACUCAGUGUUGCCCAAACAGCUGUCGGACAUGUUACCGUUCUCUUCAAAAGUGGGAGAUAAAGUCCAUGAUUUGAUUCAGUCAUGUAAUGUAAACCGUGGCGUCAACACGCCGAUUCCGCCUGGUCCAGGAUACGCCCUGCGUACGCAUUGACUCCGUCCCACGUGAGACCUCGAGGGUCUACUACAAGCCAUACAAUAGGAAUGUUCUUCAUUCAGAUGUUAUACAUCUGAAAUUGUACGAAUCAGUCAAAACCCCCCCCCCCCCCACCCC